CAGACGAUUCCCGCUGCCUGCCACCGCCGAUAUACACACUCCAAACCGACCAGUGGAGCUCCAUCUAAGGACCGAGCGAACACCGUUUGCCCGAACAGACCAGCAAGCACAGAACCCGUCUGAGAUGGCUGACCAACUAACAGAGGAGCAGAUUGCAGAGUUCAAGGAGGCCUUCUCCUUAUUUGAUAAGGAUGGUGACGGCACCAUCACCACCAAAGAGCUCGGCACCGUCAUGAGGUCGCUGGGCCAGAACCCCACAGAGGCAGAACUGCAGGACAUGAUCAAUGAGGUGGAUGCUGACGGGAAUGGAACCAUCGACUUUCCGGAGUUCCUGACCAUGAUGGCCAGAAAAAUGAAGGACACUGACAGUGAGGAGGAGAUCCGCGAGGCUUUCAGAGUAUUCGAUAAGGAUGGAAACGGCUACAUCAGUGCCGCCGAGCUCCGUCACGUCAUGACAAACCUGGGGGAGAAGCUAACGGAUGAAGAGGUGGACGAAAUGAUCAGAGAAGCAGACAUCGACGGAGACGGACAGGUCAACUAUGAAGAGUUUGUACAGAUGAUGACUGCAAAGUGAAGCUCGCCUGCCCCCACCUGCUCCCUCUUAGAAGAAAAGAAACAAAAAAAAAACAAAA